AUGCAAUAAUAUGAAUAUUCAAAAAUCACUUCGAGCUCUAUUGGAAUGAAUGUCACUUUAAGAGAUUUAUUGGAUUCCCCAAUUCAAGUUAAAACAGUUAAAGUAAUGGAAGUGUUCAUUAGUAAAACUUGUGCAAAUCUUUAUAAGAUGAGGGUGAUUAUGUGUAUAAUUGUUAUAGUGCUCUUUAAAUUUCAAUUUAAGGAGAAAUGGUAGAACUCUAUAAUAGAUGGCCUGGAUAGAUAGGGGAGGUCUACGUUUAGAAAAAUGAUUUGAUUGGAAUAGAUAGUGUGCUCUAUAAAAUAAGUGGAGACUUAAGGUAGGAUUUAUCAGUUGAGUUUAUUUAAUAUGGCGCUACUCAUAAACGCAAUUAGAAUAUAAGAAUAAACAUAGUUAAAAUAAAAUAAGAAUAUAUUCCAGACAUAUCUGAUCAAGAUCUUAAAAUUAUUUUAGAUCCAAAAAUUAUACUUGGACACAAAGACAAUGUAUUUAGAGUUGAAAUGAAUGAUGGUAAAAUGAAUGAUAUAAAUUUUUUGGUUAUGAAAAAUAAAUAUCCACAUUUAGUAGUCUAAUAUCUAGAAAAAUUGUGA